AUGCUCUUCCGGACACUGAUAAAGCUAAGCAGUACCUCGGAAUCCAUUGAGUCCUCUCGAUUGGAUAUCUUCGAAGAAGGAUUGCCGAUUGAAAGUCUCCAUUGUGUUGUUCUUGGUGAGAGAGAGAGGAAGGAGUUGACGAAAUUGAGGGUUUUGAAUUGGGUGAUUUUAAAGAUCAAGGUAUGGGAUACACAAGAAAAGAAAUGCAUCCGAGCAUUAAUGGGCAACACUGGAAGCGUGAAGUUAUUAGUUCCCAUCCUGCUACUCAGAUUAAGACCUGCGUCUGGUUCAAGAGACGGGUCGUUUGAUCUAUGGGACACAAGGUGCUCAGAUAUUACCUCUCAUAAGCUUUGUGUAUCGCCAAUUACUACAAUUAUUAAUAAUACUUGUGAGGCUCAUCUUUCUCGUGGUCGGAGAUGGCUCAGGCGUGGAAAGGCUGAAUCCAUGAGCAUCACAUCUGUUCUUUAUCUUGAAGAUGAAGUUUCUAUUGCUAUGGCUGGAGCAGUUGACAGUGUAAUUAAGUUCUGGGAUACAAGGCAUCUCAAAGGUCCAGUUACUCAGGCAUGCCCUUAUUAUGAGUCAAGUGCAAAGAGCAGUUGUUAUUCAAACACAAUAUCUCCACCCUCAAUUCGGAAGAGAGUCAUGGCAUUGCCAAGAAUGGAACAUAGAAAGCUGUUUGCGGAUGAAACAUUAUCUACAAAGAGUGACACUAAAAAUUGGACUUCAAACGAUGUAUCCCAUGUUAACUUGCCCAGAUCAAGUAGAUUGCACGAAAUUGGUACCCUUGAAUCCCAGAAGAAAAGAAUUUCAUUUAAUUCUGAAGUAAAUAAAAAUUUAGAGAAAACUCCAGAAGCUGAAAUGAAAAGCCCUUCAUCUGUGCUAAACCCUCCGUCAUUGAAGAGAGGCAAUUCGAGACUACUUUCUAGUUUCCUGAUUGAACUUCUCAUUGUUCUAUUUAUUUAUAGUUAUUGUAUAGUAUAG